ACUCAAGACUCAAUAGUGUGUCAAUGGGGGCUAACUAUUUCUCGUUAGGCGACUUCACUUCUUUGUAAGUCUGAACCCUGAACUCUUUCCUUUUCAGAUAUAUCGAAGGUCUUCGAUUCACCUUUUGGGGGGUUUUUGUUUUUGAGAUGAGCGUGGUUUUCAGAAGGAAAGCAAAGGCUUCAAUCCUUUUUUCCCAUCGAAACAUCUCCACAGUAUUUUUCGUUGGGAAUGCUUCGGUCUCAUCAUCGAAGGAUUCCUCUGUGGACUCCCUCAAUCCAUGGAUUCAAGUAUCAAAAGCGUCCAAAACUUCAAACCCUAUGGUUUCAGCCCGCUUGUUCUCGACCGAAUCCAGCAAAUUCCCAGAAUACGAGAUGCCCACGGUCACUUGGGGAGUGAUUCAAGGCCGAAAGGAGAAGUUGGUGUCUCGCGUUAUCAUCUGCGAUUACUUGAAGAGUUUGGGAAUAAUUCCCGAUGAGCUAGAGCACUUGGAGCUACCGUCAACGAUCGAAGUGAUGAAGGAGAGAGUUGAGUUCCUCCAGAAGAUAGGGCUAACCAUCGACCACAUCAAUGAGUACCCGUUGAUGCUAGGGUGUAGUGUUCGGAAGAAUAUGAUCCCUGUUUUAGGUUAUUUGGAGAAGAUUGGUAUUCCCAGACCGAAACUCGGAGAGUUUGUGAAGAAUUACCCUCAAGUGCUCCAUGCGAGUGUGGUGGUUGAGCUCGUUCCUGUUGUGAGAUUCCUUAGGGGUCUUGAUGUCGAGAAGCAGGAUAUCGGAUAUGUGUUGCAGAAGUACCCGGAGCUUCUGGGUUUUAAGCUUGAAGGCACUAUGAGCACUUCGGUGGCUUAUCUUGUGAGCAUUGGAGUCAGCCCGAGAGAUAUUGGACCUAUGGUCACCCAGUACCCUUACUUCCUUGGAAUGAGAGUUGGUAUCACGAUCAAGCCUAUUGUUGAUUAUUUGGUCUCUCUGGGGCUUCCCAAGAAGAUCUUAGCCCGGAUGUUUGAAAAACGGGCUUAUAUCCUGGGCUAUGACUUUAAAGAGACGAUGAAACCGAAUGUGGAUUGUUUGAUUAGCUUUGGAGUUAAGAGGGAAGCUCUAGCUUCUGUUAUAGCACAGUUUCCACAGAUACUUGGGCUCCCUUUGAAGGCUAAGUUGUCUUCUCAGCAGUAUUUCUUUAAUUUGAAACUGAAGAUUGAUCCUGAAGGUUUUGCUCGUGUCAUAGAGAAGAUGCCCCAAAUUGUUAGUCUUAAUCAAAAUGUGAUUUUGAAACCCAUUGAGUUCCUCCGUGGCCGAGGGAUACCUACUGACGAUGUAGCAAAGAUGGUUGUGAAGUGUCCACAACUGGUUGCUCUCCGUGUUGAGCUAAUGAAGAAUAGUUAUUACUUUUUCAAAAGUGAGAUGCAACGGUCAUUAAAAGAGCUUCUGGUGUUCCCAGAAUACUUCACUUACAGCUUGGAAUCAAGGAUCAAACCCAGGUACCAGAGAUUAUCGAGCAAGGGGAUCAAGUGUAGUCUGGCUUGGUUCCUUAACUGCAGUGACCAGAGGUUUGAAGAGAGACUGCAGGCUGAUUAUAUUGAGACAGAAAGUAUGGGGCCAUCAUUUUGUAUAGGUGGUAAAUUAGAGCUGCCAGGGAGUGGUGUUGUAUCAGAUGAGGAUGAAGAUGAUAGUGAUGAUGAAAUGCUCUACAGACGCACUGUAUCUCUUUAGUAAUUUCUUUGGUGUAUCAAAUUUAAUUUACAUACUUCAGAUGGUAACAUGAUUCUCUCUUUUGUUUUCUUUGUUAUUCUUCAUUUAUAUUUUUUUUCUGGUUGAAUGAAUUUCCACAGCAAACUAUCUCCUAGAAUGAAUGCAUCUGUUGUCAAUUUUCAACCAUUACA